AUGAUCCAUUAUGCCUAUAUCCUGCUGUGGACGAUAGUGACUUCGGUCAUUAUAUACCCCGCCAAAAAUGUUUCAUAUACCGACGCUUUGUUCUUUGGGUGUGCGGCGGCUACCCAGAGCGGGCUGAACACGGUGGAUCUGAACGAUAUGCGAACCUACCAGCAGGUGGUGAUAUACUGUGUGCCAAUGGUGACCAGUCCGAUUUUUAUCCAUACGGCCGUCGUCUUCGUUCGGAUAUAUUGGUUCGAGAAACGGUUUCAGCAUCUAGUUCAGAGUGCCAGGACAAUACGCCGCACUGGGACAGUAUCUGAGAGUAGUUCGUCUGACGUGGAACAGCAGAGCAGUAAGAUGAGUUCAAACGGGAGCAGCAGUAGCAACGGUAGCAGUCUGGUGAAUGACGAUAUUGCAGCUGGUACGAGCAGGCGCAGUCCGGACGACAGUGCUGCCAACCCACAACCAAAAGUGGUCUUAGAGGCAGGAAGCCGAGAUGAAACGCCGUAUUUGAGCUGGAACGCGAGACCAGGACGGAACUCAACAUUCAUCGGUCUGAACGAAGCUCAGCGGGACGAACUUGGAGGCAUUGAAUACCGUUCACUCAAGACAUUGGCCGUCAUCUUGAUAUCUUACUACCUCUUCUUCCACGUCUUCGGUUUAAUAUGUUUGGUGCCGUGGAUCAUGAGGAGCACAAAAUACGGCCCUGUCAUCCGUCAAGCUGGCCAAGGACGACCCUGGUGGGGUGUUUUCACGGCUGGGUCAGCAUUCAACGAUUUCGGUCUCACCAUGACACCGAAUUCAAUGGAGUCUUUCCAACAAGCAGCCUUUCCGCUUCUUGUCAUGUCCUUCUUAAUUAUUAUCGGGAACACCGCUUUUCCCUGUAUGCUACGGUUCAUUAUCUGGAUACUUUCCAUAGUUGUCAGACGGGACACUCCGCUCUGGGACGAGUUGCGUUUUUUGCUCGACCAUCCUCGACGGUGCUUCACCCUUCUUUUCCCACAAAAGGCUACCUGGUGGCUGUUUGCUACAGUUAUUGUUCUCAACGUUGUGAACAUGGUGGUACUUGUCGUGCUCAAUUUGGACAAUUCUGAGAUUGGGUCCAUGUCAUCAGGUACUCGCUCUGUCGUUUCUUUGUUCCAAGCAUGUUCAACACGGACUGCAGGCUUCUCCAUCAUCGAUCUCUCCAAUCUACAUCCAGGCACCCUCGUCUGCUACCUGGUACUGAUGUACAUUUCUGUCUUUCCAAUCGCCAUCUCCGUGCGUCGUACCAAUGUAUAUGAAGAACGGAGUGUCGGGGUCUAUUCCAGCGCAGACGACCAUGAACAAGAACGAAACACCAAGCAACCAAGUUAUGUCGGCAUCCAUUUGCGGAGACAAUUAGGCUCCGACUUAUGGUACAUCUUCCUUGGUUUAUUUAUUAUAGCGAUUGUUGAAGGUGGUCGACUGUCCAUUUCCAAGCUACCCUCGUUUAACAUCUUCGCUGUCUUUUUCGAAAUCGUCUCUGCAUAUGGCACUAUCGGACUUUCACUUGGAUAUACUACAGGGAAUACCUCAUUUGUCGGGCACUUUCAGACAAUCUCAAAGCUAGUUAUCAUUGCUAUGCAAAUCCGCGGCCGCCACCGUGGACUGCCUUAUGCACUCGAUCGUUCCGUCCUGCUCCCGUCCGAAUCUAUUCACAAGAGUGAGCUGGCGCAAGCAGAAGAACAUAUACCGCUUAACCAAUGUGCUGGCGGGGAUCAGGGCACUCAUCACUUCCCUGGGGCAGCUGGUGAGAGACCUCAGUUGCCUCAUGGGGCUGUUGGCGAAGGUGCACGUGGGGAGCAUCGGUUGGGUAUUGGGACUGCUUUGUCGACUUUGGCUGGUGCGUCCUGA